GAGAGGGCGGGGUUUGUGAGCUAUACUGGGUCCAGCCGCUGGGGGCGAUCGAGACGCUCUGACGUCACUCUGCAGCAGCGCUCGUGCGCAUGCGCGGGUAAGUGAGCGGAGCUGCGCGAGAGUGCUGAGAGUUGUACGAAUUGAUUGAAGACCAUGAGGAGAAAGAAGAAUUCUGAGGAGAAAAAUCAUGCCAGAAGUGGAGAAAACCCCAAACAGAAAGAUUUAAAGAAAAUAAUUUCCAAGAAAUCUUUCACCUGCACUCAGUGUGGAAAGAGUUUCACAUACAAACAUAUUCUUGAGCGUCACAUGAGAAUUCACACUGGAGAGAAACCAUACACUUGUGAUCAGUGCGGGAAGAGUUUCACACAAUCAGCACACCUUAAAGAUCACAUGGACAUCCACACUGGAGAGAAACUGUACACAUGUGAUCAAUGUGACAAAACAUUUUUGUGGGCUUCAGUCCUGAAGAAACAUCUGGUAGUUCAUACAAAGGAAAAACCGCAUUCAUGUCAUUUGUGUGGAAAGAGUUUUUCACGGCUACAAAGUCUGAAAAGACAUCAGAAAAUACAUACUGGUGUGAGAGAGUGCAUGUGCUUUGAGUGUGGGAAGACUUUUACUACAGCGGGUGGUUUAAAAAAGCACCAGAGGAUCCACACUGGAGAGAAACCUUAUAAGUGUUCAUACUGUGACCAGAGAUUCAUUCAGUCAGGAACACGAAAAAGACAUGAGAGAACCCACACUGGAGAGAAACCAUACGCAUGUGAUCAGUGCGGGAAGAGAUUUUUUAGAGAUACAGUCCUGAAACAGCACAUGGUAGUUCAUACAAAGGAGAAACCACAUUCAUGUCAUUUGUGUGGAAAUAGGUUUUCACAUCGACAAAGUUUGAAAGAACAUGAGAAAAUACAUACUGGUGUGAGAGAUUACAUGUGCUUUGAGUGUGAGAAGACUUUUACUUCAGCAAAGUAUUUAAAGCUGCAUGAGAGGAUUCACACUGGAGAGAAACCUUACAAGUGUUCACACUGUGACAAGAGAUUCAGACUGUCAGCAAAUAUGAAAACACACGAGAUGAUUCACACUGGAGACAAACCGUUCACAUGUGAUCAGUGCGGGAAGAGAUUCACACUAAAAGCAAACCUUACAGACCACAUGAGAGUUCAUACUGGAGAGAAACCAUUCACUUGUGAUCAGUGCGGAAAGAGUUACACAUGCUCAUCAGCCCUUAAGCUACACAUGGACAUCCACACUGGAGAGAAACCGUACACAUGUGAUCAGUGUGGCAAAACAUUUUUGAGAGCUUCAUUCCUGAAGCAGCACCUGACUUUUCAUACAAAGAAGAAGCCACAUUCAUGUCAUUUGUGUGGAAAGAGUUUUUCACGUCCAGAACAUUUAAAAGUGCAUCAGAAAGUACAUACUGGUGUGAGAGACUACAUGUGCUUUGAGUGUGAAAAGACUUUUACUUCAGCGAGCAGUUUAAAACUGCAUGAGAGGAUUCACACAGGAGAAAAACCUUUUAAGUGUUCACACUGUGACAAGAGAUUCAGAGAUUCAGGACAUCUGAAAACACACAAGAGGAUUCACACUGGAGAGAAACCUUUUAAGUGUUCACACUGUGUCAAGAGAUUCAGUCAGUUAGGAAAUCUGAAAAAACAUGAGAGGAUCCACACUGGAGAGAAACCGUACACAUGUGAUCAGUGCGGGAAGAGUUUUGCAAUAAAAGGAAGCUUUACAUACCAUAUGAGAAUUCAUACGGGAGAGAAACCGUUCACUUGUGACCAGUGCGGAAAAAGUUUCAAACACUCAUCGACCCUCAAGGUACACAUGAACAUCCACACUGGAGAGAAACCUUAGAAGUGUUCACACUGUGACAAGAGAUUCGGAGAUUCAGGAAAUCUGAAAACACAUGAGAGGGUCCACACUGGAGAGAAACCAUUCAAGUGUUCACAUUGUGACAAGAGAUUCAGUCUGUCAGCAAAUCUGAAAACACACAAGAGGAUCCACACUGGAGAGAAACCGUAUCACUGCAUGUGGGAAGUGUUUCAAUAAUUCAUCUUCUCUACAUCAU